CUCGCUCUCUCUCUCUCGCUCUCUGAAGCCGCACACACAGACACACACAUUUAUGAGGACCGGUGGUUGAGUGUUAGCGGUGGUAAGUCAGUAGGAGUGUUAAAAUGAGAUGAGAGGAAUAAUCGGGCUGUUGUGUGAUUACUGAUUGGAAGCGGUGAUCAAGCUUAGGUCAGUUCGGCUCGGAUCGGUUCUACUCGGCUCGGCUCGGCUCGGUUCCGCGGAGGGAUUUCAUCUCGAGCUUUAUUUCCAGUCUGGAUAAACGGAAAAGAAACGCGUAUGAGGCCUCGGGAGUGAAGAACAAAUGAUGGACCUUAAACUACUUUUUAUAUCAGCAUUCUUAGGCAUCAUAUGCUACAGCAGUGCCCAGCCAGAGGGGAACGAGCGCAUCAAGGUUAUUGCCGAGUCCUGCGGUGACUGCAUCCAAGUCGGAGCCGAGUUUGGGUGGUGCACAGCUACAGAUUUCCUGAAGCAGGGCGAGCCCACAUCAGCACGCUGUGAUGAGCUCGAGUCCCUGAAGAAGAGAGGAUGUUCACUGGCCAUGAUUGAAAACCCUCAGGGAAAACUGAAAAUCCUUAAAAACAAAAAUGUGACCAACCGCAUAAAAGGAGGCGAGAAGCUCAAACCUGAGGACAUCACCCAGAUCCAGCCACAGAAACUUGCGGUCAGCCUGAGAUCUGGACAACCACAAACAAUUGAUCUAAAGUUUAAAAGAGCAGAAGACUAUCCCAUUGACCUCUACUACCUUAUGGACUUGUCCUAUUCCAUGAAGGAUGACCUGGAAAAUGUCAAAAACCUGGGCACCAGCCUGAUGCUUAAGAUGUCCAAUAUCACAUCAGACUUUAGAAUUGGUUUUGGCUCGUUCGUGGAGAAGACGGUCAUGCCCUACAUCAGCACCACCCCUGCCAAACUUCUGAACCCCUGCACCGGGGACCAAAACUGCACAAGUCCUUUCAGCUACAAGAAUGUGCUGAAACUAACGAGCAACGGUAAGCAGUUCAACACACUGGUGGGGCAGCAACAAAUCUCAGGCAAUCUGGACUCUCCAGAGGGCGGCUUCGACGCCAUUAUGCAAGUGGCUGUGUGUGGGGAGCACAUUGGCUGGAGAAACGUCACUCGUUUGCUGGUGUUUUCUACGGACGCAGGAUUCCACUUUGCAGGAGAUGGAAAACUGGGUGGAAUUGUGCUGCCUAAUGAUGGCAAAUGUCACCUGGAAAACAACAUGUACACCAUGAGCCAUUAUUAUGAUUACCCUUCAAUAGCACAUCUGGUGCAGAAACUAAGUGAAAACAACAUCCAGACCAUCUUCGCCGUCACUGAGGAAUUUCAGCCUGUUUAUAAAGAAUUGAAAAACCUCAUUCCAAAGUCUGCAGUGGGAACAUUGUCCGCGAACUCCAGCAACGUGAUCAACCUUAUUAUCGAUGCAUACAAUUCUCUGUCUUCAGAGGUGAUUCUUGAGAACAGCAAGCUGCCUGAAGGAGUCACAAUUGCAUAUCAAUCACGCUGUAAGAAUGGAAUCGUGAGCACUGGAGAGGACGGGCGCAAAUGCUCCAACAUCUCAAUUGGAGAUGAGGUCUCCUUCAGCAUAAACAUCACAGUUAAUGGCUGCCCCAAACAAGGCAAGUCUCAGACCUUAAAGAUCAGACCUCUUGGGUUCACUGAGGAAGUGGAGAUCGAACUGAGCUUUAUCUGUGACUGCGAUUGCCAGAAGAAAGGAAUCCCGAACAGCGAUCUUUGCCAUAACGGCAACGGCACCUUCGAAUGUGGUGCCUGCAGGUGCAAUAAGGAUCGAAUUGGGCGAGAGUGCGAGUGCUGGAAAGACGAAGUGUCCAGUGAGGACCUUGAAAAGACAUGUCGCAAGGACAACAGCACCGAUCUCUGCAGCAACAACGGCGAGUGCGUGUGUGGCAAGUGCGAAUGUAAGAAGAAGGACAACCCAGUGGAGUACUACAGCGGCGAGUACUGCGAGUGCGACAACUUCAACUGCGACCGCUCCAACAACAAGCUCUGUGGAGGACAUGGCCGCUGCGAAUGCCGAGUCUGUAUUUGUGACGCUAACUACACAGGAAGUGCUUGUGACUGCUCCUUAGAUACAUCGACAUGUCUGGCCUCCAAUAAUCAGAUCUGUAACGGCAGAGGCAAUUGUGAAUGUGGAACCUGUAGGUGCACUGAUCCUAAAUUCCAGGGACCCACAUGUGAGAUCUGCCCCACCUGUCCAGGAGUCUGCACUGAACACAAGGCAUGUGUGCAAUGCCGAGCCUUCGGUACGGGAGAAAAGGUGGACACUUGUGAAAAAGAAUGCGACUACUUCAAACUAAUUAAGGUGAAACACACAGACGCCCUUCCUCAGCCUGUACAAGCCUUUCCGCUCAUGCACUGCAAGGAAAGAGAUGCUAACGACUGCUGGUUCUACUACACCUACUCCGUCACGAACCAAACCGAAGUCCAUGUGGUCGAGACUUUAGAAUGCCCAGCUGGUCCUGAUAUCAUCCCAAUCGUAGCUGGAGUGGUUGCAGGAAUCGUGCUGAUUGGGCUAGCCCUUCUUUUAAUCUGGAAAUUGCUCAUGAUCAUUCAUGACCGUCGUGAGUUUGCCAAGUUUGAGAAAGAGAAAAUCAAUGCCAAAUGGGAUAUGCAAGAUAAUCCAAUUUACAAGAGUCCUGUUAAUAAGUUCCAGAACCCAAACUAUGGACAUAAAAGUGCAGCUCUUUAAGGUGAAAAUCCGAUCUACAAGAGCGCCGUCACGACCGUCAUCAAUCCGAAAUAUGAAGGGAAAUAAUGCCCGUCCCUCCUGUGUGCUCCGAGCAGUAUUCUCUAUUUCUCUUUUCAUAUUUCUCCCAUUUAAAUCUCUUUUCCUUUGUUGUAGAAAUGUGCAUUUAUAUUGUAGCACUGCUUUAGCACACAGCAUUUAGCGCCUGCUCUGUUUGUUUGUUUUUCCCAAACCUGUACAGUUUGUAAAGACUUUAUCAGCAUCUAAAGUAUUUGUUCAGAGAUACUGUUUGUAUUCUCUCCAUUUUUUGUUUCACACAUUUUGUGUGGCAAACUCCUGAAACCUCCGUGAUAUAAUGACAGCUUUUAACCCUUCAUAAGCAUUACAUAAGGUACAAAGUGAACCAUUUAUAACAACAAUUAUCCACAUCAGUCUUUAUUUCUGUUAGAGAAUUCUGCUGCAGCGUUUCACCGAGACUGUGUAACGUCUGACAUGACAAUCAGGAGUCUUUUCUUUUUGUGCCAAUAACAGAGACGCUUGCUCAGCAUGUAUUCGGAGGCAUGUUAUGUGCUUUUAUGUUCUUUUGUUUUUUUGCUUUUUAGUGUUUUGAAAUAUUUGUGACCUCUGCAGCAAAUCCAUGCCAUGCUCACAGACGCUUUAGGGGCAUUUCGGUCGGAUUCUCUUCCUCAUUCUAACCGUCUACCGCAAAUGAUAUUAUAUAUCGAGCAAUUUUGCAACUUUAUGCAUAUCUGACUUCAACCUGUGUCUGAUCAUUUACUUCACUGAGAGAUGUUUGUAUGUAGUUCUGAAAUCAGUAUUCCUACUGAUGUCUGUCCUUCAAGCCUCCGAAAAACAAACAAUAAAUGUGAUUACGAAAGAAAAAUCUAGUACACCAUAAGCAAAUGCCAGUUGCAGAUUCAGGAAAUGAAUCCUAAAUUGCCAUUGGUAUUAUAAUUGUAAGAUAUUAUAGGAAAACUCCUAUUUUGCCACCUUGUUUAAAAACAUUGUGGGCAUGUCAGACUGAAUAAUGAGUGUAUGAUUGACACAUCGACAACACACAUCUAGCUGAUUUACGUCAACAUGCAAGUUUAAACCUUAUGCAUAUGCAAACAGAUUUAUGCAUAUGCAAACAGAUUCAUGCAUAUGCAAAUGUUUUUCUUUAAUACAGCGAAAUGUUCUCUCAGCAGAAGUGUUAUAUGAAUACAUAUCUCUGCUUUAAAUGUUUUUAAACCACUGAUGCAAUUCUUUUUAAAGAAGAAACUACUAGGUUAGUGAAAACGUCUAUGGUACACGGUUGUGGUUAAAACAACCACACAAGCUAUUUGUGGAUAAUGUUUCAAAGUGUUUGCUUUUAAAAUGAAGCAAUUGGAAUCGUCUUUCUCGCUAUUACCGAGACAUAUAAUUGAAAAACGGAGACUUUUGAUGUAUAAUGCAGUAUAAUGUCACCCUGCAAUCCCGAGCAAAUCCUUUGUUUUUAAGUGCCUUUUUAACAUUUUCACUAUUGCCAUGCUGUUUUGAAUGUAUUUAUUAAAAUCCGACUCUUAAAAACA